UUAAAAUGUCGGCACUUCCGCUGUAAUGUGUGUUGGUGCUAUUAGAAGAAAGAAUGACGAAUAUUCAGAUACUUUCCAGAUGUUUUGCCAAUAUAUUGAGACCAUCUGUGCGAAACAUAGAGUUACAACAUUUUGUGACGUAUCGAUGUCAGUUUUGGCGUAUUAAUGAAUACUCACUAUCGUUUUCAACUUUCCAAAAUGCGCGGUUUGACCUCCAUCUCACCAAAGCAAACUACAACAUACCCACCAUGCUACAAGCAAGAAACAUUACUAUUGACAGGAAGUUAAAGUGCCAAGAGAAGAUUGAAUAUGAACCUAUCAGAGAUCCACACACUGUCAAAGGAAAAAUAGACAAAUUUGAUUAUUCUGGUGAGCUUGCCCCACUACGGAAACUGAACCCCAAAGAUACCCUGUUUGUGUUCAAUAGUGUUGAAGAACUAAAAGAUGCACCUGAAGUUGUCCAGAAGCUCUGUUCCAUUGAGUUUGCUGAUCGGUUACAGAAAAGGUUUCACAGAAUAUUUGCAAUGAAAGAUACAAUACAUAAAGUCUGUGGAGUAGAGCAUAGACGAGAAAUGAUUGUUGCUAACAUGACUUUACAGAUUAGAGCAACCAUUCACCACCUACAAAACUUUCCAAGGGAUAUGCAAGCCAAGAGAUUUGUUGUGGAAAAAAUUGCAAAAAGGAAACGGGAAUUGAGACGACUGCGUUCAGAAGAUUAUGAAAGGUUUUUGUGGCUAAUGAAGGAACUGGAAAUCAAAUAUGUACCACCAUCUAUGUAUAAUUUUAAGGAGACAAAGUAUGGCCGCAGAAAAAGAUUGGCUAGAGAAGAGGCUUUCAAAAUGAAGGCCCAAAAACUGGAUGAACUGAAGGCAAGAUUGGAUGCAGAGAAAAUACUAUUUUUGGAAGAAAAGGCAAAAACAAUGCAAGAAAUUGAAAAGGAUUUGACAAAGUUUGAUAUUAACAGGGAAGAAUUGUUGAAAAUGGUUGAAGUAAAAAGACGUUCUAAGCUUGGUCUAGAUAAAAUGUAAGCCUUGAAUGAAAAUAAAGACUAAGAAACUGUU